CAUGUUCAACUUCUGCAGGGAGUCGAGAGGAAGGAGAAUUGCCAGCUGAUGCUGCUUCUCCCGGAGGUAUGGAAAUUGAGGAAACAAGCUUCGUCCAACAAAUGCAUGAUGCUCUGAAGGAAGGAUCGGCUGAUGUUCCACCCACUCCUGACGUUGAUCCAUCAGCUGCGGACACAGGUACUGAUCUUUCUCCUCUCGGAAGAGAAAUCCGAGAAAUGAAUGAGUCGGACCGUGUGCCUCCUCUAAUGACCUGUGCGCUUUCUCUCCUUUUAGUCAAAUUAAAAGAAGCAGGUACCAGUAGUGGAGCUCUCGAAUCAGCCCCGACCAAUGAAGGUAAAAUCGAUCUUUGUCUUGGGCAGAUUCGUCUAAAUUUACAUGUUAUUUAUGGUUCCUCAUGUUCUUUAGACAUCCCGAUGCACGAGCCUAUUGAAGGAGAAGCUACCCAUGCCACCAAAGUCGAUGAUUUUAAUAAUUUCGACUUUAAUAUCUCAGAGGACGACCAUCAACAAAUCCUUGAUUCUCUGUUAGAGAAAGCCUCUGAUGCAACUAUCGGCUCAGAUGUUGGAAUUGGUUCAACGGAAGCCGGUCCUUCUGAGAGUAAGACUUUGGUUCUGUGAACUCCACAUAUAUAUAUACGUAUAUAUUUUGACUUGAUUAAUCAUAUAAGUGUCUGAAUUAUAGGACCAACUGCUGGAGCUGAUACUACUAUAAUUACUGGAACGUCUGAUCGGCCAGAGGGUAGCGAACUCGUGCCAUGGGCAGGAACUGAGGUUGAUUUGCAAUCAUCAGUUCUUGAGCCUCAACCUUCUACUCCUAUGGACCCUAUGAUGAUAGAAGUCACUGUCACUCCCCAGAUUAGUCCGGUCGCAACAAAAGCGAGACCAACUGAAGGCGUUGGUACGUCGGCUGAUGUUAUGCCUAUUGCUGAAUCAACUCUUAAAGAGCCUCUUAGCUUGGACCCGCCGUCUUCUGAAGCUUUAAUUGAAAAAGCCUCUGAUGUAGCGGGUGCAUCAACAGCUACCAUUCCUGAAUCAACCUUGGUUGUUCCGGAAAUCAGGUUACCAUCCUCGGGUGAACUAAGUCAUGCUGAAGGUUCUUCCAUCGAACUUGUUCCUUCAUCAUCAUUAUCAGAUCGCAUCCGAGCUUUGUUAGCAGACGAGGAUCCGGAUAAAGCCGGCAUUUGCUCUGAUCUCGACGGCUUCAUCUCCUUUUUGAAUUCUAUGGUUGAUCGUAUUCUCUCCAAAGGAUCGCGAUUUGAGAGUUUUAAGAAACCUCUUGAUUAUAUUCUAUCUCCUGCAGCUACUGGAGGAGUUGUAACUAUCCCCAACUCUUUCAAAGUUGUAGCAUUUGGGUUAGAGGCGGUGGCUGUUCUUGUUCACCUCUUACUUUCAUCUGUAACUAAUUACUUCAAUAAUUUAAGUGAGCUAGAGAUGAGAGUGCCACAUGCAGAAGCUAAAGUUUGCGAGGCGCCAAGCGCAGGUUUCAAAGGGCUUUACGCGAGCGAUACAAAUUGUGCGCAAAUCUGCAUCACCGAGGGCUGGACUGGCGGCUAUUGUGAAGGGCUGCGUCGUCGCUGCAUGUGCCAGAAACCCUGUUGA